AUGUCCUGCCCACACAAGCAACAAAUCCGUAUCAGAAAGCCAGCUCCAAAGUUCACCGCUCAAGCUGUUGUCAAUGGUGAAUUCAAGACCGUCUCUUUGGACGACUUCAAGGGUAAAUACGUAUACUUGUUCUUCUACCCACUCGACUUUACCUUUGUAUGUCCAACUGAAAUCAUCUCCUUCUCCGAACGUGCUGAGGAAUUCAAGAAGAUUGGUUGUGAAAUCAUUGCCUGUUCAGUAGACUCUCAAUUCUCUCACUUGGCUUGGGUCAACACCCCACGUAAGCAAGGUGGUUUGGGUGGUAUCAACUUCCCAAUCGUCUCUGAUCUUACUCACCAAAUUGCCAAGGACUAUGGUGUCUUUAUCGAAGAAGACGGACACACCAUCCGUGGUUCCUUUAUCAUUGGUGCUGACGGUCUCGUCAAGCAAAUCACCCUCAACGAUAACCCAGUCGGUAGAUCCGUUGAUGAAGCUCUCCGUCUUGUUGAAGCCUACCAAUACACUGAUGUCCACGGUGAAGUUUGCCCAGCCAACUGGACCAAGGGUGGUAAGACCAUGAUCCCAGAUUCCAAGCAAUCAAAAACCUUCUUUGAAUCAACUUAUUAA